CUGUGAAGCUUUGUGCAUUGUUGGAGGAUCAUUAAAGAAAGUGCAUUUGUGUUUGGACACAUUUCUUUCUAGUUCCAGCAGCUGCAUGGAUGAUUUGAUGGAUGAAGAUGAGAAAGACAGGGCAAAAAGGGCAUCCCGAAACAAAUCAGAAAAGAAAAGAAGAGACCAGUUCAAUGUGCUCAUCAAGGAGCUAUGCACCAUGCUGCAAGGCCAAGGCCAUCCUCGGAAGAUGGACAAGUCCACCAUACUACAAAGAACCAUCGACUUCUUACAGAAACAAAAAGACAUCAGUGCUCAGAAUGAAACGUGUGACGUGAGACAAGACUGGAAGCCUUCAUUCCUCAGCAACGAGGAGUUCACCCAGCUCAUGCUCGAGGCACUGGAUGGUUUCUUGAUAGCAUUAACUACAGAUGGAAACAUCAUAUACGUGUCGGAUAGUGUGUCUUCACUUAUUGGACACUUGCCGUCAGAUAUGGUGGACCAAAAUAUCUUAAAUUUCCUCCCGGAGCUAGAACACGGAGAGGUGUAUAAGCUGCUAUCAUCUCACAUGCUGAUGACUGACCCCAUUGCUGCUGACUUCCUGACCAGUGAGGCACAUGUGGAAUUUUGCUGUCACCUUGCCCGAGGGAACAUCGAUCCAAAAGAGCCGCCUGUGUACGAGUAUGUCAAGUUUGUCGGAGAUUUCAAGUUUCAUAACAAUGUGCCUACGUCCUCUUGUAAUGAGGUUGAAUUGACGUUACCAAGAAGCCUGCAGACGUCGCUGGAGGAGCAGGUCUGCCUCAUUGCCACUGUGCGAUUAGUCACGCCGCAGUUUCUCAAGGAUUUGUGCAAUGUGGAUGAUCCUUGCGAUGAAUUCACGUCCAGACACAGCCUCGAAUGGAAGUUUCUGUUUUUAGAUCACAGAGCUUCUCCAAUCAUCGGAUAUUUACCCUUUGAAGUUCUUGGAACAUCUGGCUAUGAUUACUAUCAUGUGGACGACUUGGAGCUUAUAGCUCAAUGUCAUAAGCAACUAAUGCAGUUUGGAAAGGGUAAAUCCUGCUAUUAUCGCUUUCUGACGAAGGGUCAGCAGUGGAUUUGGUUGCGGACGCACUACUACAUUACUUAUCAUCAAUGGAACUCCAAACCUGAGUUCAUCGUGUGUACUCACACUGUUGUCAGUUAUGCUGAAGUACGAGCUGAAAGGAGGCGAGCUUUUGGCCUUGAGGAGCUGUCUCCUCCUGAGAUAGCUCCCUCCUCUGUGAAGGCCCAAGAGUUAUACUUGGACAUGUGCUCCACACUGGAUCCGCCACCGGACAGAAACAGCGGUGCACGUUCGGUCUCCUCCCACAGCUCUCGGAAGUCCUCCCACACAGCACUGUCAGACUCCGCGUCAGCAAACUCGUACACAGACACCUGCACACCGUCAUGGCAGUCGACUUCUAUUGGGACUGAGAGGACGCCUGCCAGACUCCAGGUUGGUCGUUCAAAGAAUUCGAUCCAAAGACAAAAUUCCUUUGACCUGGUGCCCCAAAUGAGACUCCCUAUUUCUCCUCCAUGCAGCAAGAACACAGCGAUGCAACAGCAAACGCACCAGCAGUCGUCCAUGUUUCAGCUGCAACAGCCUCAGCUGGGUGUCAUGAACCAGCUGAAGGAGCAACUAGAGGAAAGGACACGCAUCCUGCAGGCCGACAUAAAGACGCAGCAGCAGGAGCUGCAUGACAUCAAGGAGAAGCUUCACCUCGCUAAUCUUCAGAUGUUGCUACAACAGCCUAUACACAACGAAAUUGGCCAACAGCCGUCGCAGCAGCAGCAGCCACAGCCGCAACAACCGCCGCAGCAGCAGCAGGGCCCGGGCAGGCCAGCAUCACAGAGCCAAUCAGGGGUCAUCAGGCAGCUCGCAGGCCACCCGAAGCCACCGUCCUGCGGUGCUCACAGUUCGUCCCCUCACUCGCUUCUGAGAGAGAACAGCUCGCCCUCGACACAGGUCCCACAGAGGAUAUCUCGAAGCGGUCAGGUGCAGUCAGUGAGUUUGCCCGUGCAGACCAACACGAGUCUGACCAUGCCCUUCUACAGCAACCCCAUGAUGUUUUCUCAGACCAACACGAGGCCUCUACAUGACGCAAACCAAAGACACGCGAACAAUGACUUUAGCCAAGAUGGACAACUCCGGAUGCUCCUGAACCAGCCAAUGCAGACACUGGUCCCCACGAGCAGUGGGUCCACACAGUCCUCCCAGCAGUGCAACAUGGGCAUUCCCCAGACCAUAUAUACCUUAGAGCAGCAGAUCAUCACGCCCUCGUUCCCCAUGCAACAGGUCAACUGCAACGCCGUGCUUGUGCCCUCUCAGGUGUUCACGUCGCCUAUAAUGAUCCCACACAACAGCUUCAUCUCCCACCAGUCGCAACAAAGCUAUCAGGCUCAGCCUCAGGCCUCCCAGCACUCCCUGCAUCUGCAGCAGCCCCAGCAGUUCUUUCAGAUGACUCAAGGACUUGUGCACAGCGGAUCGACUCCAACAUUCUUACACACCGCCAAUAUCCCACAACAAGGCACUGUGGGAUACAUCCAGCAGCAGCAGCCGCAAACACAACAGCAACAGCCACAACAAAGACAAUACCAACAUUCCCAAAACCAGAAUGCUAAUGUUUCAGACUUGAGGAAUAUGCUAACGCGGUAGCACUGUGGAACUUGCAAGAGCACCGAGCUCUGCGUCCUGUUGCUGUCGUUGGAAGUCAAAACUGGCAUCGAGGCGGCAAACUGAUGAGAGCGCCUGAACAUUUGAUGUGAAGCUGCUCGCCUCCACGAAGAAGUGCCGGAGUAAAACGGCGACGGGAAAAGGACCUGAGGAAUGUGAUGAUGAGAGGCGGGGCCUUUCAUCACCAGCCUGCAACACACUCAGCUGUCAUUGAAACAAGUGAAUUUAUCACCGCUGUCACAAGGACGCCACUUUCAUUUCACAAGUGUCUGUUUGCACUUUUGGUACCAAGCCCCACCCAAGAAGAGGAUACAGUAUUUAUUUUUGCCUAUACGUUUAAUGUUAUAAAUGUUCCCUCUAAGCAGUGGCUUCACAGUGAUCUUACUUUCCUGACAACCUCCUUCGGUGAAAUCCAGAGCAUUGCUUUUAAUUUUCCAUUUUGAUGAGUUGGAUGUCACGCCCCGUCUAAAUACUACAAACGCGCGCCCAGAUUUUGUUUGAAUGAAGAAGGGCUUCUUUAACAGCCGUCUCUUGACACGACUCCUCUGAUGAGCCCUGUAGCAGCACCCCUCCACUUGUUUAACAAUUAAAUAUAGGAGGGUGGGUUGUCUAAUGUGCCUUUUAACCAUGCUACUAGUACCAUGGUGCAGUUCCAAUGUUGUGUCUGACUACGGCUUUAAAAAUCCUGCUCAGGUCCAUUUGGAAUACAAAGUUUAUUUUCA